AUGGAAGAUGAAACAAGUCGAACGACCAAUGUCAUUGGAAGCGCACCUUUGGCUCUUACCGAGUCUCUUGAUUCAACAAUGGAAGUUCAACAACAUGCAGUGACUGUGAAGAGAAAAGCUAUAGAAUCAAGAUCUGCUGCUUGGCCGCAUUAUGAGAAGCUCAUAGAAGAUGGAAUUAAUAAAGCUAAGUGCAAGUAUUGUGGUAAAGUUCUCUUAGCUGAUUCAACUAAAAAUGGAACAAGUGGACUGAAUAAACAUUUGAAGACUUGUCCUAAAAAUCCAAAUAAGGUUAACAAUUUCAAUUCCAAGUACAAACAAUCAAAUUUAAACUUUCCCUUAGAAGGUGAAAUGCGUGAUGGGGCAAUUUGGACUUUUGAUCAAGAGGCAUCUCGGAGGGCUUUAGUUGAGAUGUUAAUCCUUGAUGAACUUCCUUUUCGUUUUGUUGAAAAGGAAGGUUUUAAGAAUUUUAAGAAAAAAACCCAACCUUUAUUUCGAGUUCCCUCCCGUAGAACAGUGACUAGGGAUUGUUAUCAAGUUUUUGGUGAAGAGAGACAAACAUUUAUAAAGUAUUUGAAAGAAACAUCACCGAGAGUUGUUACUAGUCAUAAGGGUGACGAAAUGGCCCGUUGUAUUAGUAAGUGUUUGCUUGAUUGGAAAUUGGAGAAAAUAAUCACUAUAACUGUAGAUAAUGCUUCUUCUAAUGAUGUCAUGGUGAAAGAGUUACACAAACAAAUGGUUAAUUGGGGAUCUAACAUGAAAUGUGGUAACCAUCUUCACGUGAGAUGUAUGGCUCACAUUUUGAAUCUUAUUGUGCAAGAUGGCAUGAAAGAAGUUGGUCCAUCGAUCAAACGUGUUAGGCAAAUGAAUUCGACCUACUUGAUGUUGGAUACCGCACAACAUUUUGAGAGUGCAUUUGAUUACUUUGAUCUCGAAGAUGGUGGAUUGUCAACUUAUCUUGCUAAUCAUGUUUGUGAAGAUGGAAGUGUUGCAGGUGUACUUGAAAGUGAUGAUUGGCAAAAGGUAAGAAAUAUGGUAAUAUUUCUUAAAAGAUUUUAUGAUCUAACUGAAAAGUUUUCAGGUUCACUCUACGUCACUUCUGCUGGUCACUUUGAAGAUAUAGUUGAGCUUCACAAUCAUUUAAGAGAGUGUAUGGAAGACAAUGAUCCUUCUUUGGCAAAAAUGGGAGAAAAAAUGAAACAAACGUUUGUCAAGUAUUGGGGUGCUCCUGAAAAAAUGAAUAAAGUGCUUCUUAUUGCCUCUAUCUUAGAUCCUCGUAACAAACUUGAGUUUGUUGGCGACGCACUUGAGGAUAUGUUUGGAGAUGAAAAGGGGAGUGAAAUAAAAGAUGAAAUGGUGACUUACAUGAAAUCUAUGUUUGAAGAGUAUGUAGCAAAAUUCUCUAAUGUAUCUCGACGCCCAUCUACUCUCUCUGAUUUAUCAGCUCAGACAUCGGAUUCAUCUAUCUCUAACACUAGUACAAAAUCAACAAAACACCGGGGGCCGUAUUCUUGA